AUGAAAAUUGAAGGAAAGACCACGGAUGAAAUUGUCCUAAAGAGGAACAUUGGGCUGGGAAGUAUUUCCCCGCAGAUUCUCAAAAAAACCCUGCAAAGAGGCAUAGAGUUUAAUCUGUUUGUCGUGGCAGAAAAGGGCAUAGGAGCGAAAACGCUCAUCUCUUCUAUUUAUAACUUAACAACUUUCCCGCCGAAAGUGCACACGCAUGCUCCAGAGCUAGUAGAGUACUCCGCACUCCUUCAAUCGAACGGCAUCUCGUUGAAGCUAACCGUUUUUUUGUACCAGGGAAAAGAGGCAUCUGUUGUAAAGGAUUUCCUAAUUGAGAGAAACUCAAUGUACAACAAAAAUAACAUAGGGUUAAGAAGGGAAAGGAAAGAAGAUCCGCGCAUACACGCAUCCUUGUUCCUUAUCUCGCCCUUUGCGUUCAAGCAGCAGGACAUCGAAAUAAUCAAAUCGCUCUCUGAGCUUUCAAACACAUUCCCUGUUAUUCCGAAAAGAGACAUAUUUACGUCACACGAGCUGGAGGCGUACAAGGAAAGAAUAAAAAAACAGCUGGACUCAAAUAGAGUGUUUGUGUCUGAUCUGAUACCUGCAGGCAUAACUGUGCUCUCUGUGGUGGCAAGCACCAGCAUGGUAUCUGUAUCAGGAAAGCCUGUGCGAGGAAGAGAGUACAGCUGGGGAAUAAUCAACGCCGAGGAUCCCUUGCUGUCUGACCUAGCACUGCUUACACAGCUGCUCCUAUCUGUGCAUUUGAUUGACCUGAAGAAGAAAACUGUUGAUUUAUACCAAAAAUGGAAAGAAACAGUCGUAUCUGAGCUGCCAAGCCUGGAGGGACAGGACAAAGACCUGCUGAGGGAUAUUGAGUCCACAAUUGCAGGAAACUUCAAAGAAAAGAUGCUUGUGCUAGAAAAAGAAGAACAAAUGAUCGAUCAAGCAGUGAGAUCACUCGCAGAGCCAGUUGUCAAGUGA